AUUGCUUUCGGAUAAUUCAUUGCGGAAGAAUGCUAAGUUCCAAAAUGGAUCGGAACAGCCUCCAGUACAAAUGCGUGGUCGUCUUAGCGGCCCUGGUUCUCAUUUCCGGUUUACCAAUAGAACAAGAUCCUGUUGACGCUGAUAUUGACGGCAACCAGCAACAGGCUCUCAUUGACAUGAAACGGUCUUGCUUUGAAUUUUGUUUUACCAGACACAUGCCAUGUCCACUGAUAUGUAGCUCGGUGCUGAAAAAUGACGCGUUCAAUCUGGGCGUGAACAAGCGUUCAUUGGGUGGCGGGAUUGACGGAUUCACAUUCGACGACUACUUAUUUCUGCGGUGGCUUGGUCGAGACUUGACCCAAAGGAGUCGGCUGUACAAAUGAGAGACGCGCAAUGAAAUUGCAGAAAUUUGUGUCGUGGAUAUGAAGGGACAAACAAAAAGUGUCCAUUUGUUGUGAACUUUCAGCAGCUGCAACUACGGAGGACUUCAUUCACUGAGAAAUUAAUACACUUUCUUCAAGUGUCAAAAUGUAACAUUUCAAAAAGGAAUAUGAUCGUGAUAAUAAAUACUUGAUUGCCUAUGUUGUACACAUAUAAUAGUUGUGUAAUAUAAUACAUUUUCUUCACUGAUAAAUACUUUUG